AUGAAAAAGAAAGAUACUGUAGUAAAAUGGGACGUAUUAAAUGGAGGUGCGCAAUUAUCUGAUAUUGAAGGCGACAAGGCUAGCAUUUCUCAGAACAUAAUCGUACCAUUAUGA